GCGAGAAGAAGAAGAAGCGCCGCCACCACUCCCACGCGCCGGACGCAGCGGCUCGGAGGGCGGAGCGGCGCUUGGAGGUCGAGCGCGAGAGGGCUACCCGCACCUGCGCGUGCCCUCCGUGGUUGCCGCAUUCGGAGUCGUGCAGACGCCGGGUGUGCCUUCGGAGCGACACCCCCUUGGUCUUCAAGGCCGAGGUGGAAGAGAAGCCGGCUGAGGAGGAGGUCGACUGGUCGCCGGACGAGAAGCCGGACGACGAGACAGAAGCUGAGCUGGAGCCCCCGCCGAGGCAACCCGGCCGACGACCUACGGCGACGACCAUGGCGGCAGGAAGCGGCAGCGGUGACAGCAGCGCGCUCGCGCGGCGCCAGCCGCGCAUCUUCGGCGCAGCCCCCCACCACUACAGACAGGGCACCGCCGUGGCGUCUACCGAGACACCGCCGUGGUGGAGCCCAGAACUAGAGCACGACGCGGCGUACCCGCACACCAUCACGGAAUGGACGCGGGACGUGCGACGGUGGAUGGCGGCUACCAAGCUCAGCGUGGAGCGCCAAGGGCCCAUGCUGAGCCUCGCCCUCGGCACGACGGCGCGGACCAUCGCAGACGAGGUCUCGGUGGAAAUCCUGCAGCACGGCGCGGUGCUGGACCUCGGUGACGGGCGGGGCGCUGUGGCGAGGACAGGAGUGGAUGUCCUCUUGGCGGCGCUGCUCGCCAAGUUCCCUUCCGACCCAGAAGCGCAGAUGCUCCGCACAGGGCUGGAAUUUUUCAAGUUCACGCCGAGCCGCGACGAGGACCUGCGGAGCAUGUUCCUGAGGUUCGACCUCCUAUUGGACCGUGCGAACCUGCACGCUGAGCUUGGGAUUUCGGUCCCUUUCCGGACGUGGAUGCUCCUCUCGCUCCUGCGCCUGCCAGCGCGCAAAUGGGCAGAGAUCCUGCGCGAGUGCGACCGCAGGCUCCCCAGGACGGAGCAGGAGUACCAGCUGGUCAAGGCAAGGCUUCUCCGAGACCGAGCGAUCGAGGAGAACGUGUCGACUUUCCAGCCGGGCAGGGCUGGGGCGCCAGGCGUGUACUUCGCGGACGCCGACGAGGACCCGCUGCCGCUGUACCUGGCCAUAGCGGCCGGCAGCACCGACGGAACGGCAGCUCGCCCCGUCCAGCGCGCUGCGAUCGGAAACGGUCAAAGCAGCGAGGCGGCCCAGGACGUCUUCUUCGACCUCGGACAAGCGGCGGGCGACGACGACGGCGAGACGUGCUGGAGCACUGACACCGAGUGGUGGGAGCGGGAAGCCGCCGAGGACCCGUGGCCGGCCGACCGCCUGGAGGCGGAGCAGAGCGCGGCCGCAGGCGACCCCCUCUACCUCACCCAGGUGUGGUGGGCCGCGCGGACGGCAGAGCGCCGGUACCGUGCCGCGGCUGGCCGGUUCGCUCCCAAGCACAAGACCAAGCAGAGCCACGUCGGCGUCAAGCGCUACACCAA